AUGGCCGAUCAUCAUGUUGAUGAGCCGCCUAACAAGCGGGCUAAGAUGAUCCGGGACCCUUUCCAGGGUCCCUCGGACACCGCGGAUGGGUUCUCAAACCUAGACAUGUUCGACCUGGAAAAGGACCUACCUGAUGAGUUGAUGGCAGGGUCCUGGGGUGAACAACCCGGUGUCACUGGCCCAAAGCCCCCAGCACAAGGGCCAGGGCCUGGAGGACAAAUGGCCACACAACAGCAGCUCAAUGGGGAUGACCCUGCAGCAGCUAUGCACAGACAAAUUAACAACCACCUUAUACAACAAGGCAACAAGAGUGGUUUAGUUGGCCACAAUAAUCCUUUAGGAUUAGGUACUUUAGGAAGUAAGAGCCCAAACUUGCAGUCCCCUCCAAAUGUAUCCGUGUCCAAGGACCUUAUGGGAAGCCUGCAUCCACAGUUAAUACCAAAUACAAGCCAUCCUAACCAACUGCAUUCUAAUAUGCCCAUGAGUUCCAUCCAAGGUGCAAUGAAUGUAGCAAAUGUUGGAGGCAAUAUGAUUGUGACGAACAGUAAUAUGACUGGUGCUGGGAUGCUCGGCAGUGGGAUUCUUAAUAAUGUAAAUAAGCAGCUCCCAACACUGAUGAGUAACAAUCACCACGCAUCAGCACCUCAUCAUCCACACACACAAGUGAUGCAGAACGGUCCGCUGGGCGGGCGCGUGGGCAUGCAGGCGGCGGCGGCGGCGGCGGGCAUGCGCGGCGCGCUGCAGCAGCACGCGCGCAUGGCGGCGCCGGGCGGCGGCGGGCACCCGCUGGUGCCGUACCACCCCACGUACGCGCAGUCGCCGCCGGCGCGCUGCCCGCCCGGCGUGCGCUUCGGGCCGCCCGACUCGGCCGCGCCCGCCGGCGGCGCCGCGCCCGCCGUGCCGCCCGCGCCCUCGCCGCAGACUCCCGGCGCGCCCGCCGGCGGCCAGUCGCAGCCGCAAGCCGCCACGCAGGCUGCGGCGACACCUGGCGGGUCAAUUGCGGACCCGGAGAAGCGCAAGCUCAUUCAGCAGCAGUUGGUGCUUCUGCUGCAUGCGCAUAAGUGCCAACGCCGCGAGUCGCAGUCGCAAAACGGCGAGACGUGGCAGUGUACGUUACCACACUGCAAGACUAUGAAAGGUGUUCUCAACCAUAUGAUGUCUUGUCAGGCAGGAAAAAAUUGCUCGGUGCCUCACUGUUCAUCAUCAAGACAAAUAAUCAACCACUGGAAACACUGUAACAAGAAUGACUGUCCUGUUUGUUUGCCAUUAAAGCAAGCUGAUCGGUCGAGAAUCAAUCCAAUGAAUCCGAUAGUGUCGAACGCGACGACGGGCGUGGGUGCGGGCGUGCCGGUGGGUGGCAACGUGUCUGGGGGCGGGGGCGCGGCGGUGGGGGCGGGCGCGGGCGCGAGCGUGGGCGCGGGCGCGGGCGGGGGCGCGGGCGCGCAGGUGCCGGCGCCCGGCGACAUGAAGCGCGCGUACGAGGCGCUGGGCAUCGCGUGCCCCACGUCCAUGGCGGGCGGGCUGGGCUUCGCGCGCGGCUCGCUGGCGCGCAUGCCGGCGCCGCGCGCGCCCGCGCUGCCCGAUGCGGCGCCGCAGCAGCCCACGCUGCAGCCCGUGUACGCACAGCAACCCAUGCCCGACAUGCAGCAGCAACAGCAGAACCAACUCAUGAGUACUGGGACCUUACAACUUCCUGGCGGACCCGUUACCGCCAACCCAGUGUCGGGAACCAAGGAGUGGCACCAGUCUAUAACAGCUGAUCUCAGAAACCACCUUGUUCAUAAACUGGUCCAAGCUAUCUUUCCGACUCCAGACCCAACAGCAAUGCUUGAUAAAAGAAUGCACAAUUUGGUUGCAUAUGCAAGAAAAGUUGAAGGCGAUAUGUAUGAAAUGGCCAGUACGCGUUCUGAAUACUACCACUUACUCGCCGAAAAAAUAUACAAGAUACAAAAGGAAUUAGAAGAAAAAAGACAGAAACGAAAAGAGCAGCAACAACAACAAUUACAGCAGCAACAACAGCAGCAGCAACAACAACAACAGCAGCAGCAGCAGCAGCAGCAGCAGCAGUUACAACAAUCAGGUGUAAUGUCGGGAGGCGUUCUAGGAGUGCGAGCGCCCGGUUUAGGACCCGGCCCUGGAGCGGGAGUUGGACCAAAUGUUGGACCAGGCGUGGGACCCGGUGUGGGAUUGGCGAGGCCUGGUUUAGGAAGUGCGCCGGGUUUAGGCCUAAGAAUACCUUCGCCAGGAAUGGCGCCGUUGCCUAUGCCCGCUAGUCGCAUGACCUUCCAGACUAACCUUGUUGGUCCACCUGGACCCAGUCCCAAUCAGAUGCCGCAUACGCCGAAUGGUGGUAGUACCGUGGGUGUGGGCAGCGUGGGCAACCCGGGCAUGUCUCCGUUCGGACAGCCCAUGACGUCGCCGGCGCCGCAGUACCCGCCCAUGCAGACCAACGGCCCGGCGCCGCUCGCCUCGCCCAACCACCAGCAGGAGGCUAAAGUGCGCUUAUCAGGAGGUCCGGUCGCGAGUCCUUUUAUGAACAAUUCGGCAUUCCGAAGCGAAUCUUCCACUGCGUCGCCUAAUCCUACGAACUCUGCAGGCCCUGCGCCUCCAGGGACCCCAGCCACGCCCCACACACAUCCGAGUCCUGCUCCCGAGAGUCGCCCUAUCUCUCGCCCUUCCUCCGUUUCCGCCCAAAUAGCAGCAUUAAAUGCCGCCGCUUCAGCCGAUGACAGUCCGGAAGAUGUUCGGGUCAAAAUGGAACCUGAUGAAGUAGGAAUAAAGGAGGAGCCUGACGAGGACUGUGGGGGAAAAGGCAUGAGAGAUGAAACUCCUAGUGAUAAAGAACCUAUGGAGAGGCCAGAGAGGCAUACAGAGUUUGUUGUGAAACAAGAAAUAAAACAAGAAAUAAAAGAAGAGCCAAGUGAAGGACCUCCAAGUGUGAGUGGCGAAACAGAUAGAGGUCCAAAGAGAAUGCUUGUUUUCAAACCUGAAGAAUUGAGACAGGCUUUAAUGCCAACAUUAGAAAAAUUAUUUUGUCUGGACCCUGAGUCUCUUCCAUUUAGGCAGCCCGUUGAUGCACAAGCUCUGGGCAUUCCAGAUUACUUUGACAUUGUGACGAAGCCAAUAGACUUGUCCACUAUCAAAAUGAAGCUUGAUAGGGGUGAAUAUAAAGAUCCAUGGGAGUAUGUGGAUGAUGUAUGGCUAAUGUUUGAGAAUGCAUGGCUUUAUAACAGGAAGAACUCUCGGGUCUACAGGUAUUGUACAAAGCUAUCAGAGGUGUUUGAGCAAGAAAUUGACCCGGUAAUGCAGAAUCUGGGAUAUUGUUGUGGAAGGAAGUACACAUUCAAUCCUCAAGUGCUUUGCUGCUAUGGAAAACAACUAUGUACGAUACCUCGUGAUGCAAAGUACUUCAGUUAUCAGAACAGUCUAAAAGCAUAUGGGGUUGUGUCCGAUAGAUACACCUUCUGCCAGAAAUGCUUCAAUGACAUCCAGGGCGACACCGUCACGUUGGGAGACGAUCCGCUACAGCCACAAACAGCUAUCAAGAAAGAUCAAUUCAAGGAGAUGAAGAAUGAUCAUUUAGAACAAGAACCAUUUGUUAUCUGUAUGGAUUGUGGUAGAAAGCAGCAUCAAAUAUGUGUGCUUCACCAUGACCAAAUUUGGCCCCAAGGCUUCUGCUGUGAUAAUUGUUUGAAGAAGAAAGGGGCGAAACGGAAAGAGAACAAAUUCUGUGCAAAGAAGUUGCCCACUUCGAAACUUGGCAUUUAUAUUGAGACAAGAGUCAAUAAUUUUCUAAAGAAGAAAGAGGCUGGUGCAGGCGAAGUUCAUAUCAGAGUUGUCGCGUCGUCUGAUAAAAUUGUAGAAGUCAAGCCUGGAAUGAGGUCUAGAUUUGUAGAAUCAGGAGAGUUGUGUGCUGAAUUCCCGUAUCGGGCGAAAGCACUGUUUGCAUUUGAAGAGGUUGAUGGGGCUGAUAUUUGUUUCUUUGGGAUGCACGUGCAGGAAUACGGCAGCGAAAGUCCGUCGCCUAACACGAGGCGAGUUUAUAUAGCAUAUCUAGAUUCUGUUCAUUUCUUCCAACCUCGGCAGUAUAGGACUGCUGUAUAUCAUGAGAUUUUAUUAGGUUAUUUGGAUUACGCUAAACAAUUGGGUUACACAAUGGCCCACAUAUGGGCCUGUCCACCCUCUGAAGGCGACGAUUACAUUUUUCACUGCCAUCCGCCUGAACAAAAGAUACCUAAACCUAAGAGGUUACAAGAGUGGUACAAAAAGAUGUUAGAUAAGGGUAUCAUAGAGAGAAUAAUAUUAGAUUACAAAGAUAUUCUUAAGCAAGCAAUGGAGGACAAUAUCUCUUCAGCAGCGGAGCUCCCUUACUUUGAGGGAGAUUUCUGGCCGAACGUCUUAGAGGAAUCUAUCAAGGAGCUAGAUCAAGAAGAAGAGGAAAAGAGAAAGCAGGCUGAAGCCGCUGAAGCUGUGAUAUUCCAGUCUUCUGAAGAAAAUGAACAAGGGCCUGACGGAAAGAAGAAAGGUCAGAAGAAAGCAAAAAAGUCGAACAAAUCCAAGGCCGCUCAAAGAAAGAACAGUAAGAAGCAGAGCGACCAACAGCAGGGUAGUGAUCUCAGUGCAAAAAUAUUUGCAACCAUGGAAAAACAUAAGGAAGUGUUCUUUGUUAUAAGGCUACAUUCCGCGCAGUCAGCGGCAAGCUUAGCGCCAAUCCAAGACCCAGAUCCAUUAGCUAAUUGCGACCUCAUGGAUGGUCGCGACGCUUUUCUAACAAUGGCGAGAGACAGGCAUUACGAAUUUUCAUCGACGAGGCGGGCGAGGUUUUCUACGCUUUGUAUGUUAUACGAACUGCACAACCAAGGCCAAGACAAAUUCGUUUACACAUGCAACAGUUGCAAGUCACACGUCGAGACGAGGUAUCACUGUACUGUCUGUGACGAUUUCGACUUGUGCGUGCCUUGUUAUGAGAAAGAGGGCCAUCCGCACAAAAUGGAGAAACUCGGAUUGGACAUCGACGUCGGUUCAUCGCCAGGAGAUAUGAAGCAGGCGAAUCCGCAGGAGGCGCGAAAACUAUCCAUCCAAAGGUGUAUACAGUCGCUGGUUCACGCGUGUCAGUGCCGAGACGCCAACUGCCGGCUGCCGUCGUGUCAGAAGAUGAAGCGAGUGGUAACGCACACGAAGAUCUGCAAGCGGAAGACGAAGGGCGACUGUCCGAUCUGCAAGCAGCUGAUCGCGCUGUGCUGCUACCACGCGAAGCACUGCCAGGAGACGAAGUGCUCGGUGCCGUUCUGCAGCAGCAUCAAGCAGAAGCUGAAGCAGCAGCAGGUGCAGCAGCGCGUGCAGCAGCAGCAGCUGCUGCGGCGGCGCAUGGCCGCCAUGAACACGCGCGGCGGCUGCGCGGGCGGGUCGCCGCCGCACGCCGGCGCGCCGCUGGGCUCGCCGCCGCACGCCAGCACGCCCGCCAAGCCCAACGCGCACGGCGCGCACGCCGCACACGCCGCGCACGCUGCCCACGCGCUGCCCACCAACGUGCAGAAGGCGCUGCAGCAGGUGCAGGAGGAGGCAGCGCGGCAGCAGGCGCCGUCGUACGGCAAGCAGCCGGCGAUGGGCCCGCCGGGGUGCGCCGGCGGCGCGCGGGCCGAGUGGGCGCCGCGGUACCGCGCGCCGCCGCCGCUGCACCACGCGCCGCACCACGCGCGCCUGCCGCACCACGCGCCGCAGCACGCGCAGCACCCGCAGCACCCGCAGCUCGCGCAGCACCCGCAGCAGCCGCUCGCGGCGCAGCAGAUGCAGCAAAGAGCGCCAGCACCUCAACAGCAACAAACGCAACCUCAAGUGCAUCAGAAAGCGCUACAGCAACUCAUGGCAACGCUGCGCUCACCUACAAGUCACAAUCAGCAGCAGGAGAUACUACAGAUACUCAAGUCAAAUCCUCCUUUAAUGGCAGCAUUUAUCAAGCAAAGACAAAACGCCCAAAAUCAGCAACAAGCCGCCAGUGGAGUCGGUGGCGUUGGCCCGGUUGGAAACGUGGGCGGAGUCGGCGGCGUAGGAAACGUGGGCAACGUUGGCGGCGUUGGAAACGUGGGCGUCGGCGGCGUGGGAUUGGGCGGCGGCGUGCAGCAGCAGCCGCAGCUGCAGCACAUGAUGCAGCCGCAGCAGCAAAGGCUGCAGAUGCAUCAGAUGCUGCCGCAACAGACUCAGGUGGGAGGCGCUGUCGGCGGUGUUUCGGGCGUGGGCAUGGGUGGCGUGUCGGGCCCGGGCGUGGGCAUGGCGAGCGGCGGCUGGUUCAAGCAGGGCGGCGGCGUGGCGGGCGUGGCGGGCGGCAUGCUGGGCAUGCGCGCGCCGUACGCGGGCGUGGCGGGCGGCGCGCCGCGGCUGGGCGCGCGCUACUUCCCGGGCGGCGUGGGCGGCGUGGGCGUGCUGCAGCGCUCGCCGCCCGCCACGCCGUCGCCGCGGCCGCCCACGCCGUCGGAGCUGCUGCUGCUGCGGCAGUCGCCCGCGCCGGCCGCGCCGCACCACGCGCCCGACGACCAGCCGCCGCCCAUGACGCCGCAGGACCAGCUCACCAAGUUCGUCGAGCAGUUGUAG